AUGGUGGGAACUGGAAAUAGCGAAAGAAAGGGGAUUGGAUGUGCAGUAGAAUGUGAGGGGAAAUAUUAUGUGCUCACGUGUAGAGAUGUUGCCAGCCCUGAAGACGCAGGAGCAGACAAUGAGCACGAAUUUAUCUUCGAUCGCUAUUGUUCGAAUCAUCCAAAGCAUGUCGGCAAACAUCGCCUGAAAGCCCAAGAUAUUCUGUGCGAUGACAAGCGUAGUUUUCUCCGUCUCCCAGAUGGCGAAGUUUUGAGUUCGCAUUUCCUUUUGAGUGCAGAUGAUAAAAAGAAAGAGAAGGUUUACUCAUAUUUUCUCAGUGAUGAUGGAAAACGAGCACAAUCUAUUGAUUGGUUGUACGAUAAUACUACAAGGAAUUACUCUUUAUCCGUUGAUCGUGACCUCGACAGAAAAAACUUUCUUGGUUCACCGGUGCUAUAUUCUGAUAAGGACGAUAAAACCUUUGUAGUUGGAGUGGUUGGUAAGGAAGAGAACACUUACUACCCAAUUUUCUUCAAGAGCGCCUCACUUCCUAUUCGUGGUAAGAAGCUUUAGAAACAAUUGUCUCCCUUUCCUUUUCCUCCGAAAAUAGUGACUCAGGGAGAGCCACAAAUGACGUAUAUGAUUCUGUCUUUCUGUGCAUAAAGGACAAGUUACCUUUAUCGUCAAACAUAAAGCUGUGAUAAUAAAGCUCUAGAUUAUAGUGGAUACACGGAACCUCCCAACCCCCUCCCCCCCCUCCAUUACGAUAUCACCUGUAUUGAAAUCCUUAAUAAUUAUGCUUCCUUAAAAUAACUUAGAUUAUAGUCCGACAAUCAUUAAGGUUUCAUGUUAGCAUGGCGUCAUUGCAAUAACCUUUAAAAGAAGCUCUCUUAACGUUUCGCCCCGAUCAUUUCUUGUCGGGACAAAUUUUCAAUUUGAACACCAAAAAAUCACAAUACGAAUUAUGGUCAUGGUCAUUAUAUCAAAUAAAGAGGUAAUACGAGGAGUCCUUUAGACAUUAAGGAAUAGACAAAGAAGUCUCGACCUCGAAACUCCCCCCCGGAUUGGCCCACCCAGCCGGAGUUUAUCCCGGUUCCCUUAACAUGAAGCGACUAGGAGUAUUACUACUCCCCCCUGGGUGAGCUGCCAGUCCAUCGCAGAGUUACAGCCCCAGAAUUUCAUCAGGCUUUCUUGACAGUUACAAUUAGCUAGCAAACAUUUAUACUUCAGGGUGGAGAGAGGCAUCGUGAAAGUCAAGUAUUUUGCCCAAGAACACAACACAUUGACCCAGCCAUGCUCGAACCAAGACCUCUCGACCGGGCAAACAAGACUCUAACAUAACAACCAUGAUUCCCGAGUGUCAAAAGAAACCACUCGCAUCCAAAAAAGGAUGAUUUUAAUCGCUAGUGUCCUUCCUGCAGGUGCUCCCAAUCAAGUACAUAUUGAAGCAGUUCCAUUUGAAAUAACUGAGGACAGGGUGACGUUGAAGUGGACAGCACCUAAAGACAAUGGAGCAGUGAUAACAGAGUAUACAGUCUAUAGAAGAGAGGUCAAUGAAGAUGGUUCACGUUCCGACUGGGAAGGAAAGCGAACUGGUCUAGAAAUUCUUCAGCAUGAAGUCGUUGGUUUAGAAAUCGGAAAAUUGCACGAAUUCCAAAUAACCGCCAAAAACCGAUGUGGUGAGAGCCCAAGAGGGGGGAAAGCGACUAUCAGAGUGAAAGUGUUGGGUAAGGUUCUCAAACGUGGCUGUAAAAUACAACUAAAUAAAAACAACUAAACGAAAUGAAAUUAGAAUAUACAGAUGACCCGACCAGGUCACGAACUCAGACCUCUCGACCAGGCGAAUAAGUCCCUAACAUAAUAACUAUAAAAUUCCUGAGUUUCAAAAGAAACUACUUGUAUCCAAAAAGGUUGAUUUUAAUCGCUAGGAUCCUUCCUGCAGGUGCUCCCUAUCAAGUACAUAUUGUAAGAGCUCCACGUGAAAUAACUGAGGACAGGGUGACGUUGAAGUGGACAGCGUCUAAAGACAAUGGAGCAGCAAUAAAAGAGUACACAGUCUAUAAAAGAGAAGUCAAUGAAGAUGGUUCACGUUCUGUCUGGGAAGGAGAGGCAACUGGUCGAGGCGUUCUUCAACAUGAAGUCUUUGGUUUAGAAAGCGGGAAAAUGUAUGAAUUCCAAGUAACUGCCACAAACCGGUGUGGUGAGAGUACAAAGGUAGAGGAGGGUCCAAACAUAGUCCAAAUUGCAUGUGGUAAGUUCUAGUCAUCUUAAGUAACAAUUAGAUUGCAUUAUUGACCCGAAUUAAUAAUACAGGGUACAGUAGUGGGAACCGAACACAGAGCCUUCAAAAUCCGUCUUUAAACUGCAAACGGUGAACAUUCUAAUAUGUAAAAGCUAGCGAAAUGAUAAAAUGAUCUUGGUAGUCCUAUCCUACCCAUGACUCACAAUUUUGGAAAUAACGGAACGUUUUGUUGGAUUUUGUAAGUCAUAUUAGCAGGGUAGGCUCCUGAUAUUCAUUAUUUCAUUUUCAUAACUUGAAUUUUUCUUUAGAAAUUGCAUGAGCUGCGUCGGAAAAAUAACCGCAAGGAGCGAUCAUUUCACCUUUUUAUUCGGUGGCUUGCUGGCUCCGCGAGUGAUUUUUAGGCUUUGUGCCUGAUAAUAAGCCUUCACGGUCAUGGGAAACAAAAAAGGAUAUAGUUGGCAUUUCGAGACAAUCCUAAGUGAGAUGCCGAAAAAAUUAGGGACCAGUGAAUAUUUUUAUCGCCUGGUAGGGGGAAGAGGGGUGGAUUUUGCGGGAUCACGCGGUUUUUAGGGUGAACGGAAAUGGGGGAUCAAUGGUCGCCAACAGAGUUUAAAGGGGGGGGGGGAAGCAGGGGAACUGUAAUAAAUUGAUGGCCAAUUAACUGACAACGAAGAGGGAGAUCAUCAGAAUAUUGCAGAGUCUUAUGGGGGAGUCAGCUGAAUUUUUAUCGUGACACAACCAAAAUCCUCCAAUUUCCAACCCACACCACCUCCAAGGCGAAAGGUAAUGAUCGGUUAGUCACUUCUCCAUACACGGCCAAUAUUCUCUCUCUGGGGGGUCCUUAAAACCACUAAACCCUUAUGACUUUCAGAGGUCCGAAUGUAAUGUUAAUUAUAAUGAAACCAACAUUUUAUACACAUUUCUAAAUUCCCUCCUUUUUCAUAGUUUCACCAGAUUCUUUAUUAGAGUUUUUGCUGUUCAAGAGCUUUUCGUUUCUCAUCAACAUGAUCUGGUAUUGGUGGAAUGGGACGGAAGGUAUUUGUGACCGUAGAUUACGUGUAUUUAGUAAAUGACUUAGGGAUUGGAGAUUCGGAUGCGUCUUCUGGCUAGCUCAACUGUCAGAGUGCCUGACUGUCGUGGCUAUCCUCUGAUGGUUAUCUUUAUUUGGUAUAUACUAAAACAGUGGAUAGUUUCGAAGGCGCGCUCUGAUUGACUAUGCAAACUUCUAGACUUGCUCUUAAUUAAGGUGCCGAUAUGUGAUAAACAUGGGACACAGCUCUAGACAAAUCUUUGAUUAUCUAUCUUUUUAAUUAUCUCGUGCCUCUCCAUAGGUUGAAGAGGUCAUGGACAUCGAAAGUGAACCAGACAAUUGGUUGGAGUAAUUUAACGUAGCCUCAAACAAUAUUGGCCACGGCAUUUAAAACAAUAUACAUCAGUUUUAUUUUACGUUAAAUUAGUACCUAUGAAACAAUGGAUAGCAUCGAAGGCGCGCUCUGAUUGGCUACUCAAAUUCUAAAUAUAAUUGUAUCCUUUGCUAUUCACCUCCUAUAACUUGUGCGGGACUUGCGCCUAAAAAUAAAUAUUCUCAUCUUUGUUAGUAUCAAUGAGUUAAAAUCGUUUUUUGUGUCAUUGUUUAUACUAAAAACAACUAGUCACCUUUGAGCAACUGAAGAGACAAAAUCGCGUGUACACCAUUUUUUGGUAUAACGACAAUAAUAAACUGAUACAUAUCAAACUCUUUCCCCAGUGCGACGAACAUUUGUUUUUCUCGGUUCCAGGUGUACGCAACCACUAACCCCACGUAAUGCAAAGAAAGAAAAAAACAAAGCGAUUUUGCAAUGAAUACUCAACAUAAACCCUCGUUAGAAAGGCGAAUCCACGGAGGAAAGAUACAAAACUGUAUGAUACUGAGAUCGAUAUGAUAUUAAAUCGAUACCGAGGGCCCGUUUCCAACUUGCUAAGAAGCGCAUUUAAUUGCCUUCCGCCACGAUAACUAGCUUUCUUGACAGCCUUCUGAAGACAGAAUACUUUCUUUCUGAAGACUUCUAAUGUGCGGCUAUUGAUUAUUACACCUCGUAUACCUGAUUGCUCAAACACUUUGUUUACGAUUGUUGAAAGGACCGACUCAUGGUUCUCCGUCUUCGUCUUUACAUUGCUUUGAAAUAGUAUAGAUUAGUAAGCUGAAACGAAAAACUAAUCAGGGAUGUUUACGAAAAAUCCAGCAAACAAGCUUAAAAAAGGCAUUUAUUUAGACUUCGUAGUUCAACGAACUUCACAAAUCUUACUUGUUUAUCUUGUAAGUAAACGAUGGCAGACUAAUUCCCGAAGCGCCUUCUGAGUUUCCCGAUCCCUCUCCUACUGCUUUCACGCUUACAAAACAGGAAAAAAUAAAAAGGAGGGAGAUACAGCUGUUUUGAAACGCCAUUUGACGAGGGUAAAUCUGCUUUUUGUUCGACACUUUACAUAUCAAAACAAAGGAAAUUUGUUCCUCUUUUUUAUUCUGGCGGUAAAUUUUUAAUUUGCGCCUGCGUAAAAGAGAUAUCGCCCGAGACCCUUCGCUCGGUCGUGUUUUGAUCACAAACGCCUUGUUAAUUAAUUUGGUGAACCCAGGUUACUUCAAACCUUACUAGGACAUUUUUGAAAUUUUCCGAGAAGGUCUUACUGGCUUGAGUCACAUUGCACAAAGAUACAAAUCUACAUUGAGAAAAGCAGGUAAUUUAGUGUUAACGACUGAGUUAAAAACCUAAAUUAACCACCGUAAAGGGUAAAAAAGCUGACGUUUCGAUCGUUAGCCCUUCGUCAGAGCGAUUGAUUACAUUGAGAGAAGCCCUCGAACUUCGCGAGCUUUUGAUUUAAGCACGUGCCUAAUUUCAGUGGCUUAAAACUCGUUUCCCAUGCCCUAUGUGUAGGUGAAUCGGAUCUAAUCUAUCUUAAUCCCAAGAACUGACAGAAAAUGGCGCAAACACCGUUAGUGAGAGGUUUUGAGAGGACACCUUGUGUUGUUUACGUGACAUAUACAUAACUGCACGUAAGGCCUGGUUACAUUAA